GAAAGAGUCGGAGUCAGAGAGUCAGCUUUUCGCCAGAGAGAGAGAGAGAAAGAUAGAGAGCCGGAGACGCUGGUGACGUCACGGUCGGCGUCUCCCCCAUCUUAGUUGUGGACAGAGAAGCGGCAACUUCGGAAGUGUGGCGGCGCCGUCUAAAUGCUGGGGCCGGGCGGCCGCGGGCUCUUGCUGGGGCUGGCCGUAGCGGCAGCAGCGGUGAUGGUAGCACGGCUGAUGGGCUGGUGGGGUCCCCGCGCUGGCUCUCGCCUUUUCGUACCUGAGGAGCUGGCCCGCUACCGCGGCGGCCCUGGAGACCCGGGCCUCUACUUGGCGCUGCUCGGCCGCGUCUACGAUGUGUCCUCCGGCCGGAGGCACUACGAGCCUGGGGCCCACUAUAGCGGCUUCGCAGGCCGAGAUGCAUCCAGAGCGUUUGUGACCGGGGACUACUCUGAAGCAGGCCUUGUGGAUGAUGUAUCUGACUUGUCAUUCUCUGAGAUGCUGACACUUCACAACUGGCUUUCGUUCUAUGAGAAGAAUUAUGUAUUUGUUGGGCAGGUGAUAGGAAGGUUCUAUGGAAAGGAUGGACUGCCUACCCCAGAACUGAAGCAGGUAGAAGCCACGAUCACCAAAGGCUUGGAGGCAAACAAACAGGAACUGAAGGAGAAGCAGAAGUUUCCACCGUGCAAUGCUGAGUGGAGUGCAACCAGGGGCAGCCGGUUCUGGUGCUCCCAAGAGAGUGGAGGUGUGAGCAGAGACUGGAUUGGUGUCCCCAGGAAGCUGUAUAAGCCAGGUGCCAAGGAGCCCCACUGCGUGUGCGUGAGAACAACUGGCCCCCCUAGUGACCACAUGCCGGACAGCCCCCCGCACAGAAAUCGAGGAGACUUGGACCACCCCAGCUUGGGGGAAUACACAGGCUGCCCACCUCUAGCCAUCACCUGCUCCUUCCCACUCUAAGCUGGCACCCUACGUGUUGAUAACACACAAAAAGGCCUGCCUAGAACUCGAGUAGGCCCUAGGAUGGCUCCUGGCAUGAAACAGGAGGGUCUAGAAGGACUCCGGCCAUGCUCUGCAAAUAUGGCUCACACCCCCUCACCAUGGGCUCGCCGUGCUGGUGACUGAGGGAGAGCUUGCAACCUGCCCAGUACUGGUCAGCCUGUUUUCACCACUAUUGUCCCGUAUCUACUUGCCGUCUUCCUUCAGAGCCCUCAGAAGGAAGACGGGCACAGCUAUGGCCAACUCAAAAUAACUGGAGAAACAAAGAAAAAGUCUCUGAGCUCCAGCAGCUGCCUUCCCAUGGACUGGAUCAGCUGCCAGCAUGGGCCCUGCCCGUAACUCCAACCCCAUCAGGGCAUCUGGAGCACGAGCAGAAAGGCGCUGCAUCGUUCCCUCACGACUCUUAGCAGAAACAAGCGGACACAUCCCCACAUUAGCAGCCUCAAUAUAACUGUUCUGGAGCUAAACUUGUGACCCCUGACUUUUAUGACCUUUCUGCUAUCAACUAUAGUCAAUGCUGGGCUGUGCACGUUCAUCUCUGGCUAUCGACUACAGUCUACGUUCGUACCGAAGUGGUUAAAGUCACAGAGCAAUGGAGCCGAGCCUAGAACUUGAGGUUCUUGACUCCCAAUUCAGUGCUAUUUUCACUCCUCUGUAUUUACAUGUCUCUGCCCUCCCUGGAGCAGGGACAGACAGAAAGGAGAGCUGAAAUUAGGAUCUUGUUUUGAGUUCCAGACAGCUCUUGAGCUCAGUUUCUGAGGCUUCUUUCUGUUAAUCAGAAAUAGCCCUCAGCUGCAGGCUAACUGGAGACUAGUCGUUGCCACUGCUCUGGCCCUCCUCUAGGAGCAAAAUAUUCAACAAAUAACUUCUAUGUGCCAAGCAUCAUGUUGGGGUGGGGAAUGGGUAGUGAGGCUCCUGAUCUCCAGGGGCUUACAGUAAGUACGGUGGAGGAAGCCCCUGGUUAGGGCACCCAGAGGCCCAUUCUUGGGGUAGCAAUGCAGGGAUAGUAUGAGGGCCAGGUCCAGUGAUGUUCAGACCCUUCCUAAAACCAAAAAGGAACAAAACAAGACACACUCAGUCAUUUCAGCCAGGUGUGGGCUCUGGUCAUGCGUAGAUCUCUGAUUGAUGCCAAGACCUCUGACCCUUUGUUCCAAAAGGAUCUCAGCUGCCUCGGGAGCCUGAGCCUUGCUCAGUAAGAAUUCAUUUCCUCCUCAAUGCUGGCCACCUACCUUUUGGUAAAGAGCGUCCCUCAUGUCAGGGCAAAGGAUUCAUUCAGCAAGAAUAGAUUGUCAGUGUAAUGGUCCAAAGGGCUCAGCCAUGAGAACCUGGUAAUUGCUGAAGAAAUGCCUCUCCGUUCCCUCUCCAGGAGAGGUGGCCCUGGGCAAAAGUGUGGAGGAGCAGGGCAGCUCUGCCUGAUAGAGGCCGCGAAAGUUCAGCACAGGCUAAGCAUGAGGUUAGACUUGCUGGCAAAGGGAAAUGGAGAAGAAAAUGCAAGGUGCUUUGUUCUCAUUUAAUCUCUAUGCUAACCGUGAGAAGUUCCCACUUUAUGGCCCAGAAAAGGGGCAUAAAUGUCCCCUCACCUCUUCAAAUAGUUACAGCACCCGUCAUGUGACAGAGCUGAGUUUUCUUACCCAGGUCUGAUCUCCCUGCCACACCAGCGAGCUCGGUGUUAAAGCACAGGCUGGGCAGCUGCCCUCCAGCAUAUUGAAGGAAAUCUCAACACCUGCCUUUUAAUUCUGGGAUUCCAGUUUUCUAGAAACACAGACUAGUGAAGAUCCUGGGGAUGGUUUGGUCACAGCUCAGCCACAACAUAACUGCACCACGAAGAGAGCUUUACCAGACUGCUGCCUGGUCUUGUGCGUGCUUUGCUCUGGAGCAAAGCUGUGCUCUGGAAGCUGGCCCGGGGGCAGGUUGCGACUGCCUGCUCAGAAGUCUGCAGGUGCUCCUCAGAGGACGACGACCCUGGGCAGAACCCCACCCUUCGGAGCACGUUCUAAUGACUCUUCCAAGUGGGUGGCAGACAUUGCUGCCAUCAGCCCUCAUCAGAGGGGCCCUGGGUGUGCACACCAGAAUCUGGGUGCUUGGGUGAGAGGAAGGACAUGUUACUGACUACUGAUUACCUUCCUCCAGGCAACCCUGUGAGCUAGGAAGGACAAUGUCACCCCUACUGUAUAGAUAGGGGAGACUAAGGCAUAGAAUUAUGAAACUUGCCCAGUAGUAACAGCCAAUGAAAAAGCAGAACAAAAACCCAGCGCUCUUCCCUGGCUGGUUAAAAACGUGAAAGUUAAUGUAAGCCUGGUUACUGUUUGUGCUACACAUAGCAUGACCAGUGCCAGAUUGGUUAACACUGCUCGCCUCAAGGGUGGCUACUGGGAUUACUUGGAAUUGUUGUGGAACCUCUUAACAGUACCCAUUGACUAUGAGAGAAAAGCCACCAGAGAAUAAACAAAAUGGAAGCCAGGUAAAGAGAGAAUGUUAUUUCAAGGAAGUGUGAGGGCCAAGUGAGCUGCUAGAUUUGUAUGAUUUGUACAGGGACUUUAUGGAUCAUUGGAUUUUAAUUUGUAAGACCCUAAACUUUCUCUAGUAUUACGUAAAGCCCACAGUGCCAGUCCUCUCUUCAUACUUCUGCCAGCAGGAAGCUCACGAGGGAUCCUCUUGAGUUGCUCCUGAAAAAUGGAGUCGGGAAGGGAAUUCCAGGCUCCUCUGGAGAACUUGAGUGGGGCCAGGUGACUGAGCUGGUGCAUCUGUGAUCACACAUGUUGCCAAGAGCACAGUAAGUUCAAGUAGCUACUCAGUUUGCCUAAAAUAGCCUACUUUUUGACUGCUGUCAACAGUGUAUUUCUGAAAAAUGUUGGAAUUCAAACUUUCCUAGAGGGUAGGCUGGAAACGAAAUUUAUUCACAUGUCAGGAGUUUUUUAACUUGUUUUUAAUGCUUAUUGGUACCUCUGCAUUAGAAGUAACUACAAAUGUCUUAUUAAAGUUUCCACUUUAAAUGCACAAUUUUACUUCAUUUUAUUAUAAGGAACUGUUACAGAAAAUGCAAAUAUCAGUAUUUGAAAAAUACAUUCCAUUACACGGACUCCAAAGAAACAAUGCUGAUAAGCGCCAUGGUCCUUUAUGAUGCCAUCAAACCCACACUGAGCACCACCCCAGUGGUUUGGAAGCCAAGGUGAUCAACCCAAAUGUGUGCCUGCAGUUUCUGCCCAGCUACUGCCCUUCCCUUGGUAACACAGAGGAAUGUCCUGGUAACAGCCAACUCACACAUCUGCCAAAAAA